CAUCUAGAGGCUUUAGGCUCUCAAAGAAAAAGAAAAAAAAUAUAGAAAAACGACCUAAAGCCAUGUCGAAAGCUUCGUAAUUCUCCAUUUAAAUCUUAACCCCUUAAGAAAAUAAGGGAACAAGAAAAGAUUGUUUAGAUAUUAGCAAACUGUUUUCUAAGAAAAAAAAAAAGAAAAAAAAAAAAAAAAAAAAAAAAAAAAAAAGAAGAAAAAAGAUGGAGAUGGCUAGGUUGUUAAAGUUGAUGUUUAUGUUUUGUAUUGCCGGUCUGAUUCCGACCAUACGAGGCAACAUUUCUGAGUUGGACGAGUAUUGGUCGCGACGAGCCGACGAAGCCCGAGAAUUCACUCUACAAGCUUAUCAUUCUGAUCCUUACGAAAUCGUCGAUCACUUUCAUGAGCGUCAUUACGACAACUCUACUGAUGCUACGGAGACCGAGGAAGAUGGCGCUGUGCAGCUUGAAGAGGAACAUGGCGGUGCGCAGCCUGAAGAGGAACAUAGCGGUGCGCAGCUUGAAGAGGAACAUGGCGGUGCGAAGCCUGAAGAGGAGGAAGAAGAGGGUAUUAAAAUGGUCGGAAACUCGACAAAGAGCACGAGACGAAGCCUAAGAGGUAAAGGCAAAGGAAAAUGGAGUAAAGGCAAAGGAAAAUGGAGUAAGCUUAAGGGACCUUGUACCGCAAGUAACCCGAUAGAUAAAUGUUGGCGUUGCCGUACGAAUUGGGCCAAGCGUCGUAAGAAGCUUACACGCUGCGUCCGAGGGUUCGGCCACAGGACGACUGGAGGAAAACGCGGACGCAUCUAUGUGGUCACAAGCAACCUCGACGAGGACAUGGUGAACCCGAAACCCGGGACAUUGCGUCACGCCGUAAUCCAGAAGGAACCUCUCUGGAUCAUUUUCAAGAACGAUAUGAGCAUUCGUUUAAGCCAAGAGCUUCUGAUUAAUAGCCACAAGACGAUUGAUGCACGAGGAGCUAAUGUCCAUAUCGCGCAUGGCGCAGGGAUCACGAUGCAGUUUGUGAAAAACGUCAUCAUCCAUGGAUUGCACAUUCACCACAUUUCCGAGAGUAGCGGUGGUAUGAUCCGAGACUCGGUAGACCAUUUCGGAAUGAGGACUAGAGCCGAUGGAGACGGUUUAUCGAUUUACGGUUCGUCUAACAUUUGGCUUGACCAUAUUUCGAUGUCAAAAUGUCAAGAUGGACUCAUUGAUGCCAUCGUUGGAUCCACUGGCAUUACAAUCUCUAACUCUCACUUCACCCACCACAACGAUGUGAUGUUGCUUGGUGCGCAAAACACGAACGAAGCGGACAAGCAUAUGCAAGUCACAGUGGCCUAUAACCAUUUUGGUAAAGGACUUGUACAGAGGAUGCCUAGGAUCCGAUGGGGAUUUGUUCAUGUUGUGAACAACGACUACACUCAUUGGGAGCUUUACGCAAUUGGAGGUAGUCAAGGUCCAACAAUUCUCAGCCAUGGAAACCGAUUCAUAGCUCCUCCACACAAACCUCAUUACAGAGAGGUGACAAAGAGGGACUAUGCUCCGGAGGACGAGUGGAAACACUGGAUCUGGAGAUCCGAGAAAGAUGUAUUCAUGAACGGAGCUUAUUUCAGACAAUCUGGUAACCCUCAUUUCAAAUGCGCACACACUAGGAAACAAAUGAUCAAACCCAAAAAUGGAAUGGCUGUUUCUAAGCUGACCAAGUACGCUGGAGCACUUGAUUGCAGAGUCGGAAAACGCUGUUAGAACGUUUCUUUUUAAUGUACUACUGAAUGUCUCAAAGACAAUUUUUUUCCAACAUUUUGAUUUUUUUGCUUCUAAUCUAGUUCAGGAAAUAAAGAAUUAAGGGGUAAAAAUGAUUAAACAACAACAAAAAAAGCUCUAAUUUGUAAGGAUAUUUUUUUGUUUGUUUGUGUAAUGAUUAACAAGUUAUAUAUAUAAA